ACAUGUGAAUUAAGGCUUUCUGCGUGGCAUAGCAGUCAGCCUAAUAUUGGAAUGGCGUUAGUAAAUAAUUUUCAAAGAUUUUCGAGGUCUAUUCUCGGUGUUGUUUCAAAUUAUUCAAAAUGUACAAGCAACACAACAUUGCCAUUUCUACAGGCAAUAAGAAAGACCUCCACUACUCAACCGCUUUCGGAAAAAGCAGAAGUGAGUAUAACAUUUGUGAAAGCUGAUGGAGAAAAAAUCAAAGCAAAAGGAAAGAUUGGAGAUACUAUUUUGGAUAUUGUAGUAAACAAUGAAAUUGAUUUGGAUGGCUUUGGUGCUUGCGAAGGAACAUUAACUUGUAGCACAUGCCAUUUAAUAUUUCCUAAAGAAGUUUAUGAUGCACUUCCUGACAAACCAACGGAUGAAGAAUUAGAUAUGUUGGAUUUAGCAUAUGAAUUAACAGAUACGUCGCGUCUGGGCUGUCAAAUAGUAAUGACUAAAAGCUUAGAUGGAAUUGAAGUAAGAGUACCAUCUACAAUAAAUGAUGCAAGAGCAUAACUAAAAUUAAUCAUAGCUCUCUCAAAAUUCAUAUAACUGUUUUAAUUAUAACUAACGAAAUGUUAAAAUUAAAGUACAUAAUAAACAA